AUGUGCCACACCGUCUACGGUGCACUCGAGUGCCGGCACUAUAACAAGAACAAGUUUACAGGUGAGCAGAGCUUCCGAAAGUGCCAGCGUGCCCUCAUUCAACGCAAAUACCCUGAGAGAUGCAUGCCUGAAUGGGAGUGUGCACAGACCUUUAACACUCUUUACAAGCUCUUCGUGUGCAAGGAGUACCAUAAUGAAAUGAAUCAGCGAUGGGAACAAGACCUCCUCCUCCUCAUAAAGGAAGGUGAUGAUACAUACAGUUACUGGUACGAAACUGGAGGGCCCACCAACUGCAGCGUGUCCCGCCUCUGA